UGUGGGAGAGCGAGACCGACCCCCAAUCGAAAUUGGACUCACGCCGAUUCCGUUUUACCGUUUUGCCCACUUAGGGGCCCCCGCUCAGUUCACGUGUGACUAGCAAAAGUUAAAUUGAGCGACCAAAGAGAGACAGCGAGUGUGUUUACAAUAACAGAAGAAACAACACCGAACAACCAACAGUAUGGCAAAUCGGGACUUGCAACUGAAUUCUGGCAUGCGGUGCGCCAAAUAUAUGCUCAUCAUUGUGAGCUUUAUGUUUGCGCUGACGGCCAUCCUGCUAAUUAUGGUAGGAACUACGAUCCAAGCGAUCUUCGGUGAUUUUAGCAUUUUCAUCGAUGGACACUUUGCAUCGCCGCCGGCUCUGCUGAUUGCCAUUGGAUUCAUACUGAUUGCCGUUGCCACAUUGGGCGCCUACGGAGCUGUCAAGGAGAGUGUCAUGGUUAUCAACUUGUAUGGUGUCUGCUUGUUCCUGGUGUUCAUCCUGGAGGUUUCCGCGGCCAUUGCUGCCUUUGUGAUGCAGGCCCAGGUCAAGGACAUGCUGAUGCGUACCAUGUACCAGUCGUUGGCUGAGUACGAAUCCGACCUCUAUGUUGAGUCUGGCGUGGACUUUAUGCAAUCCGGGCUGCAAUGCUGCGGCGUGAACAAACCCGAGGACUGGAAGGACUACUACAGCCCCAACAGGAACGAAACCCUCGACUCUGACGAUGUGGUGGUGCCGAAUUCCUGCUGCGGCAGCCUGGCCGAGGACCUGAACGAUGCCAGCCAAGUGACCUGCCUGGACACCUUCGACUAUGGCUGCUUCCGCAAGAUGAACUUUAUCAUAUCGCAGAGUGCCCUGCUGAUUGCCACCGGUGCCACCACAGUUUCCUUUGUCCAGCUGCUGGGUGUGCUCUGCGCCUUCAUGCUGGCCAAGACGCUGCGACGCAACAAGUCGAUCCGCGAGGCACGACGCUGGCAGCUCCAGCAGAGUCUGGGCGUACUCAUCUCUGGCGGCAAGAUGGCUCCGCCACAGAACUCGGCGGCCGCCGGCUACCAGCAGUUGGGCAACGGCGAGCAGGGCAGCCACGAACCCUACACCUACACACCACAGAGUCCCAGCGUAAACUAGGAGCCCAGCCCCAACCCCAGCGAGCGAACUAUAUCUAAAUCUAAUCAAUUAAUUAUCCCCCGCACCACGUUGUCGAUGUAAAUCUUUUUUCAUUUGUUAACCAAAAAAAACCAAAGCCAAACGCAACGUUCACUUCAAUAAAGCGCCUGUGUUCUAG